AUGUCUAUGAAGUCCGAUCGAGCGCCGUUGAACAUCAUUUUGCGCAAGGUCGACAUCGUGAAGCAAGAGCACAUGUACGGGGCCAGAUGCAAAGAAGGGAGCAGUUCAGAGCUUCCCUCUCCGCGCACAUGGGGAGGCAACAUUGCUGCCUCACCCAUCACCGUCCGCUUCAAUCAAAAUUGCUGGCUUAUCAAGCAAGAUAUCGGAUUCCUAGAUAUCGACGCGCAGGCGCAGCGAGACGCGUCCUCGUUAUGGUUCAACCUGACGGAGGCCCGUCUCGCCGUAGACCUGGCAAUGACGCUCUCGGCCAGACGGAUUGAUGUUCUAAUCCUGACGCCGUAUAAUGCCCAGGUCGCCAAAAUUAAAGCCGAUCUCGCCAAUCGCUACCACAACGCGACAAGAAAGCCGCGCAUACUUACGGUUGACUCAUCACAGGGUACCGAGGCAGAGUCCAAGCGGCGCGUCAAUGUAAUGACGUCGAGGGCGAGGCAAUUGGUGUUUUACCUGGGUAAGUGGUCGUAUAUUCAAAGCGCCACUCUACAGCAAUCGUCACGAACGCUGUUCGGUAUGCUUGAUCACUACUCGAAGCAUGUCCCACGCUUCGUGAUCGACCCCUCCUAG